UAGCUGUCUUUUCUUUUCCGAUCAUUAAUAGGGCAAAGGGCGGCGUUCUCUUGUAAAUUCUUGUUGUUUUCUUCGUGUAUCGUGGUCACCAUCUGUCAUCACCUCUUCGACGUCCCCUUUCCAGAGCAAUGAUAAAACUUUUCAAAAUUAAGGACCAAAAGCGGGAGGAUGCAGCAAAUUCCAACGGAAGCGCUCCUGUAAAGAAACAAAGUGCUGGAGAAUUGCGUCUUCACAAAGAUAUUAGUGAGCUUAAUCUGCCUAAAAGCGCUAUCAUAUCAUUUCCAAAUGGGAAGGAUGAUCUGUUGAACUUUGAAAUCAGCAUAAGACCUGAUGAAGGAUACUAUCAAGGUGGUACAUUUCAUUUUACCUUUCAUGUAUCUCCUUCUUAUCCUCAUGAACCACCAAAGGUCAAAUGCAAGACCAAGGUUUACCAUCCUAAUAUUGACUUAGAGGGAAAUGUCUGCCUUAAUAUCCUGCGUGAAGAUUGGAAGCCUGUGCUCAACAUAAACACUGUUAUUUACGGCUUAAUUCUUCUUUUCAUGCAACCCAACGAUGAGGACCCAUUAAACCACGAUGCAGCUGCAGUUCUACGUGACAACCCUAAAUUGUUUGAGACAAAUGUUAGAAGGGCAAUUGCUGGAGGUUAUGUGGGUCAAAACUACUUUCCCAGAUGCAUGUGAUGAUGCCAUGUAAUUGGAGCCUGUAAAGCAUGGUAUGCAAAUUGUUAUAGUAUAUAAUACUACCUUGGAACCAUGGAAGUGGCCAGACUGAUUGUUCUGUUGGCGUGAAACUCUACUCUGUUCUUGAUUCUUCUGUUUACCUCAUUGGUGUAAAUUGGUGAAUUGGGCUUUCCACUUCCAUGAUUGUGAUUGAGAAUAUGCCUAUGUUAGCUCAUUUUCUCAUUUGUGUGGUUCACUACUACAAUUCCAGAAGGGCUCUGUUUUUUAUGGUUU